GGUAGCUUAUAGCUUAACAAACGCGCAUCACUCUCACGGCAGCGAUCUGUGCAGAAGAAGUUUACCAUCGAAAGUCCCGAAAUUUCCCCGAAUUUGAGCCCAUUAACCGACCGCAAUGUUAUAAUUCAGCAAAUAUUCCGAUAAUGGAUACCGAAGAUAAGAUUCAGUUCAUCGACUGGGCAGGAGUCGACGAGCAUGAGUGCUCCCGUGUGCAGAGCAUCCUUUUCGGCCAGGAGAAGUCCGUGAAGGUGCCGAGCAGGAAAUCCGUCGUUCCGCCGAGAGAACAGGAGCAGCAUGUCUUGCCGCCCCAGCAUCUGCCGCCGCCUCUACAGCAGCAGUUGCCAGCGGGGCCGCCUCCAAUGGUCAGCCAGGCCCAGUGGGACCCGCACCGAAAUAUGGGUAACAGGAUGCGUUCUAAGCCCAAACCCCUUAAUGAUCUGGCUCCGAACGACCCGUCCCAACCCAAACCGAUGCUGUUUCCCGUGGUGAUGUCGCAGGCGUCAAUGGUGAACCCGUCGCAGUACUCGAUGAUGCUGCCGCCGAACCAGAACAUGCUGAUGGGCACGUACAUGGUUAACAGCGGGCACUACAAGAAGGAGGACAACUAUGGCGGCUACCAGCCGAACCCGGGGAUGGCGCCGCACUCGUCGCUCUAUUACGCCGCUCCAUACACCACCAGCCAGCCCCUCUACUACCCGCAGAUGUACAUGCCGCCGCAGAUGCAGCCCGAGAUGCCGCCCCCCACCGACAUGUAUUUGCCGCCGCAGCCGGAGGCCCUGAAUCUUGCCAAGGAGGUUCCACAGCCAGUCAUCGUCAACACGGAGGCCUCCAUCUUGCAGCCGACGGCGCCAGCCUUUCUUCCGAGCUUCCAACCUGCGCCACCAGUCAAGCCGCCGUCUUUCAACAACAAUAAUUUGCAGCUCAGACCGACCGCCCCUGCCUUCAAACCGCCAGAGCUGGAGGCUGUGCCUCUGCAGGUGGCUGAGGAGCCGGUAGCCGUGUCGCCUCUCCCAGCAAAGGAACUGGAAAUCAAGGAGCCUAUAAUCGAGACACCGACAGCGCCACCAGUUGAGGAGGAAGUCGUGCCCGCAGUAGUGGAAAAAAAGUUGCCUGAGCCGCCCAAGCCCGUUGAGAAAGCGCCGGAAUACCCGAAAGUAAAGUCGCCAGUUGUGCAGCAGCCUCCGGCACCUGUGAAGAAGUCGUGGGCCAGCAUAGUGCAGUCGACAGGACCCCCGGCCGACUCUGCGUCCUCUGAGGCUUUCAAGUUCAGGCAGCCGGCCUCUGUUGCGCCGCAACUGCCGACUGUCGUUGGCGCAGUGGUCAGUGACGAAGACAAAUUCAGUCUGGCAGCUAACCAUAACAAUAACAACAGCAUCAAGAAAAUUAAUAAUUACUUUGGUGCCGACCACGCAGAUGACAUGGCACCUGAACCUUUCCUCGUCCGCCUUGGAGAAUACUUAUCAACUUAUAUGCUGGACCACCGUUCAUCCCCGCUUCAGCCGCGUGGUCUUACGAACCGCAGUAACUGGUGUUACGUAAACGCAACUCUGCAAGCACUGGUUGCCUGCCCUCCCUUCUACAACCUCAUGCGAAACCUGCCUUCCAAACAAAGAAACAAUUCUAAAUACGAGUACAAGUCCAAAACUCCAAUCAUCGAUGCUGUAACCGAAUUCAUGCUUGAGUUCAACUCUCUGCCUCCGGGUGCCAAACCGGCCCGCAAAGAGAAGGCAAUGGCCAGGAAGGGUGACGACGUGGUCGACGUCCCCCAGGGUCCACCAUUUGAGCCAUCCUGUGUGUACAACAUGCUCGGCUCCAUCAGAACGCCUGCGUUCAAGGUCGAGGGACGUCAGGAAGACGCCGAGGAGUUUCUCAGCUGCCUGCUGAAUGGCCUAAACGACGAAAUGCUCGACCUGAUGAAAAUGGUUGAUGGUCCCAAAGAGGUCUUGGUCAACGGCCAAGCGCACUCUCCUUCGCCCACAGCUAAUGGCAGCACCGACCACGGUUUCUCCGAGGACGACGAAGAGUGGACUUGUGCCUAUUUAUCACAGGUAAUGAAGUCCAAAAACCGGGCCUGUGUGACGCGACGGGCUGACUAUGGUAAAACUCCAGUCUCUGACAUAUUCAGAGGCCAACUCUGCUCGCACGUGCAAAGGAAAGGGGACCAACAAACCGAAAACGUGCAGCCCUUCUACACCCUUCAACUGGACAUUGAGCGAGCAAACAGUGUGAAGGAGGCUCUGGAGCAGAUGGUCGACAAGGACAGGCUAGAAGGAGUCACAUGUUCCCGCACCCACCAACAGGUGGAAGCAUGGCAGCAGGUUACCCUUGAGGAACUCCCCCCGGUGCUGUUGCUGCACCUAAAGUGGUUCGACUACAAGGCUGAUGGCUGCUCUAAAAUCAUGAAGACAGUCAACUACACCGUGGACUUGAGGAUAGAAAACAAACUUCUAACCAACAAGAAAAAUAACUACAACGCCAAGCAGAAAACUUACAAGCUGUUUGCAGUUGUGUACCACGAUGGAAAGGAAGCGUCCAAGGGUCACUACAUCACGGACGCGUACAACUCGAACCUGGGAAUCUGGGUUCGCUACGACGACAACCAGGUGCAGGUGGUGUCCGAGUCUGUGGUGCUGCACCCGAAAUCGCCUUCUGUGCCAUACAUCCUAUACUACCGACGCAGUGAUACGAUGGGCCAGCCUUCGGCCAAGUCGACAGACCAGUCCGGCGGCACAAAGUAGGCGGACAGUGACAUUGCUAUCUUCCGGACGCAGAAUCGUGUGUGUACAACAAUAUAUCGGAUAGACAGUUCCCUUUCGUAAUAUUACCGACGGAACCUGCGGUCAAGCUGCUCGUGUUUAUUGAGGAUUUGCAAGUUCUUUCGAUUGCAAUGGUUAACUGGACUGUUUUUGUACACAAAAGUUGAUGAACGGGCCACUUGCAGGCGGCACGACCCCCCCCCCCUUCAAAAUGUAAUAUUUGUUGAUUAAUGUAUAUGUCUGUGGUGGCGCGUGCAAGUGGCCGCCGAAACAGAUUAACUAUGCUACUAUAGUGCAACUAGUAGUGCUACCGUAGCAGGCGUAAUAUAUUAUAAAUGGUUUAUGAGGAAACGUUGGAGCUCUGCAGACUCCCAUCGUUGGUUUGAGUGCCUGUUUAAUAUUAUAAAGAAACAAUUUUGCGGAAAGCUUUCCAAAGGCAAGACUUUGAUUGCCAGCAGCGCAAGCAAAGGAUUGCGAGUGGAAAUGGGAAACUCUUUACUCGUUUUAUUAAACUUUUAUUGUAGUCUAGUGACAAACGCGACUAUAAUUAUUUCUUAAAUCCAUUUCUCACUCUCACACACGUAUAUAUAUACACACACACGCAUCAUUGUUUCCUCAUGUUAUUUGCCGAUCGGCAUGGCACCGUUGAUUCUGGAACGUAACGAUAAGUAUUAAUUUAUUUUGUGAUGAAAGUAGCAACCGGGCCGCCCAUGCCGUCGGCAAAUAGGUUUUUUCACACACAAGCAAAGCCCUUCUGGCAGGGUUCUUACAAACUCGUAGUUGAAUAUAUUAUUAUUAUGAUUAUUAAAAUUAGAGAGAAUACUAUUAUGAUUACUACUAACCUUUUUGCGGGGCGAGAAAGUCACACACAAUCGAACCGAAUUGUGAAUUUAGUAGGUUGUCCUUGGAGAAACCCUCGGCCGCGGCGCCGGACUCUUAACAACUGGACUCGCACUAAAAUCAUUCAAAACAAACGACCUGAUCUCUCUGAAAUUUUAAUCAAGUCCAGACGUCCGGCCUCGGCCCGCGAGGGUGCGAUAAUUGCUCUCCUUACGUUACUCUUCUGCGUGCCUGAAUAUGAUUUGCCCUUCGCCAUAGCAAAUUAAAGAGAAACAAAAGUCCAGGCUUAAAAGUGUGAUUUCCGGAUGCCUACGAGAAUGAGAUGUGAGAAAGAGAGCGAGCGUGAGAUAAAUACCUGCAUGUAUAGCUAGCCCCAAGCUCAAAUACAAUAAAUUCGCUUUUGUAUAUGUUGUGCAAAAAAACAAAACAAAUGUGACACCGCGUGGGUCCCCACUUGAGCCAUGGUUUUUGCAAGAAUGGGACCAUUCCAAAAUUGUGUCAGUGUUGCUCUAUGUAUUCGUACUUUUAAAUGAUUUGCAGUUAAUGGUUGUGUGCGCCAAGUUUGUUUUCAAGUGCGACCUUGGAACGGAGAAUGCCUUUUGGGUCUAUUUUAAAGCACACAGGGGUGUGUGUCUGCUCAAGUGCAGCAAAAGCCUCGGAACACUGCUGAUUUCUCGGUGGAGAAAAAAUAAUAACGACUAACAUAUGAUUGUUGCUUCGGAUCGGCACUGACUCGGCUGAUUUUUUUACGUAAUAUGUUCUCGUGAAUAAUUAUGCAAACACGGUUCGUUUUAAUUCUGGUUUGUACAUAUUAUUUUCGAGCGAAUCAUCUGUCACUCUCAAUCGGCACUGAUUACUAUAUUAUGUGUAUUAUCAAGAAAUUGCUCUGUUCUUGUUAUUUUUUCUAUUCUUGAAAUUCCACUGACGUAAAUCGGGAUGGAAAUCGCCCAACCUAAAUCGGUAUAUCAUGUAGAGUGCGUGCGAGAAUGAUGUUAACUGAAUGAUUAGCUAAUUAAGCCGUGGCCUGUGAAUACAAGUUUCCAUCCCUUGUUUUGUAAUUUUAAAUCAUGCGUUAGCCACGCUGUAAAUCAACGCAUGUCUUUUUUUAUUUUAAUGAAUAGCUAAGCUGAUUAGAUAUUCGAUGCGUGCGACAUGUCAGAACUUGUCACUUCAACUGCCGCGCGUAAAUUUGGAGGGGAAGAUAUUAAAAGAAGAGUGUUGAAAAAGCAUAUUUUUCAAUAAAUUCUAUGACAAGCAGAUAUAAAAA